UGUUUUCCUUCGAUAUCAUCCUCUGAAGACCCUCGACUUCGAUAAAUAUCUAGAGAACCACGAGUCUCUCUCCCUCUCCGAUCGUCUCUCAAACUCUAGGGUUUAUGAAUCCAAGGUCUUGUUGAUCGGCCUCGUCAACGCACAAUUUCUAAAGCUUGUCCGAUAUUGGAGGAACUCUUGUUAGCUGCAGAGGUGACCCUCAAGUCUAGCACCGGAUUCAAGUACUCUUCUUGGCUUCGCACUGCGCUUCUUGGUCGAGAAGCUACUGAAAUCGACAACUUUUUAGGUUUUCAGAGAAGUCUGUUACAAAUUUGCAAAUCGCGCACGCUUUUCGGCAUGUUUUGAACAGUGAAUGGGUAGGUCGUGGUUGUAAUCGGUGAAGACUUGAUUUUGUAGCUGAUGAUUUGAUCGAUUGAAUAUGAGCUAUGGGGAAGAGGCGAGUGGAAGAAAUCAGCUGACCUGGUCGAAGAGACGGCAGCCUUCGGAAGGUGGGGAUUUUGGCCACUCCGUCGCCAAGGUUGCCGUCGCCAAGAUUUGUGAGACGCAUGGGUUCCACAGUACUCAGCGAUCUGCGAACUACGCCUUCUCCGAUGUCGCUGUUAGAUUCAUCUGCAAGUUAGGCGAAACUGCCAACUUUUAUGCUAAUUUGGCUGGCAGAACGUGUUGCAAUGUCCUUGAUAUAUUACAGGGGUUGGAAGAUUUGGGCUCGUCUUGGGGCUAUCCAGGAGCAUCUGAUUCUCACAGAUGCAUUUUGAGUUCUGGCAUUAUGGGAGAGAUCAUCCAGUUUGUAAACUCAGAAGUGAAUGCCUCAUUUCAGCCACCUAUUGUGAAAUUUCCUAUUUCUCGAAUUCCCAAAUGUACUCCUAGCUUUGCUCAAGUUGGGGAGGUGCCAGUUGGAAAUCACAUUCCUGAUUGGCUUCCUAGGUUCCCUGAUGAUGCUAACACAUAUAGCUGUAUGGAGGUUUGCAACAAGAAGAUCACUGACACUAAAGAUGACUAUGUCAAUCGAGUAAGAAAGCGGAGGAAACCAGGGAGAUCUUUGUUGAGCUUACAGAAGCAGCUUGGUUUCAAUGUCUCAGCUAGGUUUCAGCUGACCAACGAUGGUGAUCUUAGGAAGGGUAAGAGAGUGGCUGGUAACAAUCCAUUUCUGAAUCCGCCUUUUUUAUACAACGAGAAAGAGGUAUCUGAGGUUGUUAUUCCACGAGAAGUAGAAUCUGUCAAGAGGUCAGUGGAAUUUGAGACUUUUGUUCCUGAGUUAGAGACAUCUAAAGUUGGAUCUCUUGAUUUCAAUGAUAGUGAAAAAAGUAUCCUCCCUUGUAACAGGCCUGCAAUUCGUUUCAAGAUUGGAGUUGACAAAAUAUCUAUAGCAACACUACUCUCCACUAAUAUGUUAGAUACUAAAAGGAAUUCAUUGUUUAUGAUGGAUGAUGAGAAAUAUGACAAGAAAAAGAGAGAGGAGAAUAUACUAGAGGAAGUUCUUGAUAAACCUCAUUAUCUUACCCAGCUUUAAACUGCAGUUCUCAAGGAUGAGUUACAAUAAUUUGCUUGUACACUAGAAAACUUGGCAGACAAAUUGGCCUUCUAACAGAUUAGCUGGCGAAAGUCCAAGAUCUUCAUUAGCUGAGAGCUACUUUAUUUAGGUUUGAACUUUCAUUUUUAAUCUAUGAAUAAUCACUCAUGUAUCAUUAUUUUGAAAUCUGUAUACUAUAAAGUCCAAGAUCUUUUCUGAUUUCAAAGAAGAAACAGAACUCCUGAGGCACCAAGUAAACAUAUAUGUGAAUUUGUUAUUUCACGUCUGCACUGAUACAUAUAUAUCUAAUGAUGCAUUGCUAUUUGAGUCAGAUGCUUGUCAAAUUUUUAGUUCUACAUUGCCUCAUGUAGAAGAUGCAGUUAUCCAUUUGAUAUAACAGAAAAGUUAGGCAAGUACUAUAAAGACCAGAAUGUGAGUAUUCCUUCUUUUGUGCCAACUCCAUGCUGCUUGCAGUCAGGAAUGCAGGAUAUGACAUCAACCAGUUCUUGCUGCAGCAAGGGCCACUUGCAAUUCUAGAAUUGACAGCAAACUUCAAUUCUGUCACUUAUUUGCAUUGCUGAUUAUGCAGAGAGUUUGGUAUCUGAUUUAGUCGUGUCAAGGUCAAGGUAGAUUCAUCCACCUUUGUCUUUAAAAAUCAUUGUGAAGAGGCAUUUAGUUAAUUAUUUUGAUUCCCUAAUAUAAAUGGAUGGAUUGAGAAUGGAGACAAUGAACUUUGAGUUUGUGUAAAUUACAGGAUGAUGCUUUGGCUGAAGACUAAUGACUGGUAAUGAAAAAUGACAGUUCACUUUACUGGGUAGCUGAUUGUUCACUCUGUCCAGACAUCUGCUGAUAGAAUUCACAUGUCAAUCCAGGCAAGUUGUGAUUUCUAGGCUGAAGAUGUACAGUCAUGAUAGGGGAUAGUAAAAAUACCAGAUGAUUUAGAUUAAAUUUUACACCUUAGAGCUUAUUCUUCUUUCAUGAAUUAUCUCAAAGUUGUAAUGUUGUGUGAAAUAUUUAUUUUAUUGCUAAUUUUAAUAUUGUUAAUAUAUA